CUUUUCACCACUCUUUUGUGUAAUAUGUGCUGAACAGACAGAACGACAGCAGAGACAGUGAGACCACUUUUGACUUUUGUUGAUUGUCUAGACAUGGUGACAUUUACAACUCUUGCAGACGAUAGUUACUCGUCAGAUUAUGACUACAGUUAUGAACCAGAUACAGCACCCUGCGAAGUAAAUGAAACAUUCCGUUUCUUUGAUAAAUUUGCCCCUGCAGCCUACAUUGUGAUCUUCAUCCUGGCUCUACUGGGUAACAUGCUAGUGCUGUUUGUAAUCCGCCGUUAUCGUCAGUCCCGCCACAGUCCAUGCUCCUUCUCGCUGACUGACACGUUCCUGCUCCACCUGGCGAUCUCUGACCUUCUGCUAGCCUUGACACUGCCCCUCUUUGCCUUCCAGUGGAUCUAUGGGUGGGUGUUCUCAGUAGGCAUAUGUAAGGUGGCAGGUGCACUCUUUUCACUGAAUAUUUACUGCGGCGUUCUCUUCCUUGCGUGCAUCAGCUUUGAUCGCUACUUGGCCAUUGUCCAUGUCGUCCAAACCAGCUGGAGGCAAAACACGUGCCUGGCUCAAUUAGCCUGUGCAAUGAUCUGGUGCUGCUGCAUCGCUCUUGCUGUUAUUGACAUCCAUUUCCGAAAUGUUACAGUGCUACCUGGCUUUACUCUUAAAGUGUGCCAUGUAGUAUUCGACAAAGAAAGUUCUGCACAAUGGCACCUUGGCAUGCAGCUCCUCAGCAUGUUGCUAGGCUUUGGCCUCCCGCUACUAAUAAUGCUCUACUGCUACAUACGCAUUUUCCACACAUUGUGCCACAAAAGCACACGCAGGCAGAAGCGACGCUCUCUCAAGCUCAUCAUCUCCCUAGUGGUUGUGUUUGUGCUUUGCUGGGCACCAUACAACAUCUUGAAAUUGGUUGACAGCCUGUUAAUACUGGAUAUAUUGAGCCCCAGCUGCACGCUGAACUACGUGCUUGAUAUCAGCAUCCUGGUGACAGAAAGCAUGGGACUGGCUCACAGUGCCCUCAACCCACUCCUAUAUGGCUUUGUUGGAGUCAAGUUCCGCCAUGAGCUUUUCCGUAUGUUCAAGUCAGCUCUGAGUUAUGCUUGGUGCUUCAGGAUGACCAGUCAGGUGCAGAGUCAUGGACUGAGUCGCAGGACAACAGGUUCCUUCAGCUCUGUAGAGAGUGAGAACACCUCCUACUUCUCAGUUGUGGCAUAAGUAAAGUGAUUGCUGAGGAUUUCUUUUUGUUUCGCUUGUUUUCAUUUCAUUUGAAAGUGAAAAAAAAUGAACCUAUUAUUUGUAAAAACUUAUUUUCAUAAUCCCAAUAUUAUACUUUAAAUUUGUUAUAUAAACAAGUUUUGCAUUUUCUACAUUUUUAAACUGUAUAAUUAACUUUUCAUCUUUCUUCCUUUUUUAAAUCCCUUUCAUUAGAAAAUAGAUAUGUUUCAUGUUUUACUGAUAGUUAAAUAUGUAUAAAUACAACUGCUAAAGAAACUGCUGUCUUAAGUAGGAAGUGAAACUCAUUAGAAUUUUCUCUCUUCUUUUUCUCCUAAGCAUGUUUCCAAUCAAUUUAUAAAGAAGCUUAUUCAUCAGUUCUGUUCAUAGUUCCCCCCCCCUUUUUUUUUUAAAAAAAAAGAGGUGCUUAUACAUUUCACUGGCGCAUGCAAGUCUCACUAAAAACUGCAGAAUAUUACCAUUAUGUUUUGGAUGAUAGAUUCUCAAAUUUUAACUCUAUUAAUGCACCAGCUGAUAUGGGUUUGAAUUAUGGGUGGUGAUGGCAAUAAAAAAGGACUGAUUUCCUGUCAUGAUAUAGAUGAUCAUUUACUACACAUACUAUAUUCUAUAAUACAUUUAUCAUAUACUAUACUCUACUGUUUAUGAUUCUGUGUUUUUCCUUCUUUUCAUUUUGCCCGCCUGCUUUGAUGUAUAUCCUGUUGUCAGCCAUUUUCUACACAGGACGUCAAAACAAGUAUACAUUUUACAAGUAUACAUGUUUAAGUAUACAUUUUCUAUUAUAUGUUUAUUUCACAAGAACAAGUCUGAUGUAUUAUGAUUGCGGGUAAAGCACAGGAAUAAGCUUUAGAGCUAUGCUUUUUUUUU